AUGUCGAUAAACUUAUUGUCAACAGAAACCUUAAAAGAGAUUUUCGAAAAUUUAAUAAUCAAUAAUCCACGUUCAUUUAAUUCACGGUCAUGUAAUUCAAAAACAACCAAACUUCUUGCAAAAUCUUAUUUACUAUGUCUUCCCAAAGAUAAAAAAGAAUACAUAAAAAAGGAAGGAAUAUGUUUUCCGCCCGCUCCACGUGGACGACCACCACUCUUUGAUUACCCGUCAUUUUUAAGAAUCCUAGAUUUGGAUCGUAUUUCAGAGAUGGCAAAAUUAUGGAUUAUUCAUCGAAGAACCUUGACAAAACCAAAGCAAAAUUACAUAGAUAUAUUGAAAAAAACAUUUUAUGAAUUGUUUAUGGAACGAGCUGAGAUGAUUCAUUCCAUUAAUCAUUCUGGAAUUUUUGGAAAUGUAAAAACUCCAUUAUUUGAUAAGAGAGCUCCAAAUUUACAAAAAUUGAAAAAGAUUCAAUUUUUCGAAAGGGAAGAUGACACUACAUUCAUAGAAAACAUUUCUGAAGUAGCGAAUAAUCUUCAACACAUUAUCGCUCAAAAUAGAAGUUCUCGGCUUGCACUUUGCGCAUGUAAAGCAUUGGCAAACCUUAUUGAAAAUCAAAAUGCAUUACAACAUCUUGGUGUCAUUGGAUAUUAUCAUAACAUUUCAAUAAUCAUUCAAUCAGUAAAAAGUCAAAAGAAUUCAUUGGUAAGACUUGAAUUGUGCAACAUGGACUUUCAAUACUUUAAUAAUAAUGCAUUUGAUGCGUUGGCAUUAUGUAUUCAUUUAAAAUCAUUCGAAAUCGUUAAUUGUAAAAGAACGAAUGAUACAUGUUUAAAACCUUGGCCAAACAUGUUUCCCAAGUUACAAAAAUUCAAGUUUCACAAUAAUGUAUUUUAUGAUAUUGCAUUUCCGACAAACUUUAUUUCCAAGAUAAUUGAAUCAGCAAAUGAUAAUCUUCGAUACAUUAAAAUCAUCUCUACAACACCACCACAAGUAAAUAGAUCAAAAGUCGCAAAUAUCAUAGCUGAAAAUUGCCCAAAUCUUCAACAUUUAUCAUUCAUAACGCUAUCGAAUUCUGAGAUUAUUUCUAUUUUAGAUUCAUGUCAAAAGUUGAAAGAACUAAAAUUCUAUACGGAAAAUAACUUUGAUGAUUCCAUGUUUAUAGAAAUGGCAAAACGUUUACCACCUACACUUCAAUACUGGGAUCUUGCUAUCGAAGCAGCUAAUUAUUAUCCAUCACCUAAUGCAGUCAGAUCAUUUAUUGACAAUAUCGAGAAAAACUCUCUCAAGGUUUUUCAUUUCACGAGCCUUUAUUUCGGGGAUCCUUAUUUGGAAUGUGCUAUCAAAAGGUUACUCGAACAGAAAGGAAUUAUGACUUCAUUCACGGAUGCAAAUGUUGAACCCUUUUAUUAA